GAUAUUGCCAUCGAUGGUUUGACAGCUCUAAUUGGUUGAGAAAGCAGCAGCAAAAGGAAAAAGGCCAGAAAAAAUCGUAAAACUACGAAAACCUACAAGUGCGGGGCAACCGAGGAAGCUGUUGCACAAACAAUACAAUACACACGGUACCGCGAACCGCACGCCACGCCCUCCCGCGCCGCCCCCAACUCCGGACAAGCGGGACAGGAAAAAAAAGAAGCGCCCAGCAGCGGUGGUGCAAGCGAAGUAGGAAAAUUCCAGCCGAUCGAAACGAACGCCCGCGACCGCUAAAGGAAGCGCCGCCCACGCCGUCAGCUCUAGAAUCGACUCUACCUUCCAUAGCCACCUGGUUAACCCGCAUUCAAGCAGCCGCCGCAGCCCCAGCCAGCGCCACAAACUCCGCAACAUGGACGUAUUUCUCAUGAUCAGGCGGCAGAAGACCACCAUCUUUACGGACGCCAAGGAGAACACAACGGUUGCCGAGCUGAAGCGAAUGAUUGAGGGCAUACUCAAGGUGCAGCCUGUGGAUCAGCGGUUAUACAAUCAGGACAACGACGUCAUGGAGGACGAGAGCACGUUGCAGGACUACGGCGUGACGGUGUCCACGGCCAAGGCGCAGGCUCCGGCGCAGCUGGGUUUGACAUUCAGAAACGAGGUGGGCGACUUUGAGACACUGGACAUGACACCCUACUCGGCACCACCAGACUUACCUGAAGUGAUGAAAAACCAAGAGGCCUCGAACGGACAGGAGCAGGUUGCAUAAAAAGCAGCAGUCAGUCAGUCAGUCAAUCACCCCUACGAGAACAACAAACAGCAGCAAACACAUCAACAAAAGCAACAGCAGCAGCAGAAGCAGAACGAGACAAACUAAAUCCGCUAAAUCCAGAGACUCUAAACUACUGUCGCUCGCUUGUCCCCCGCAAACGAAAUGUACGAAAACCCGGAAGGAUGAGGGAGAUCUGCCUGUGAUUUCCAACCUCCAUGCCUGGUCAGAAAAGCAACAACUGCGGCCGCAGUACCAAUAGCUAAAUAUGCAUUUUUCGUUGUUUACAUAGCAAGGAACUAUGGUUCCAACUCAAAAUUGUACUUUGGAAUGGGAUUUAUAAUAUUCGGCUUUAACUUUACACCCUACCCCCACUUGUUUGUUUCUUUUUAAUGGAAUUUAUACGAAUUUGUUGAGAAAAUACACAAAGUCAUAAAAAGUAAAUGUGAGAAUUGAGCGAA